CCUUUUACAUUGAUAGUGUGGUUCUUCUUCUUUCGCUUGACAAAAACUAGCAGAUACUCACGCUGCGAUAUAUUUCUCCUAAAUAGACAGUGUGCAACGCGUUGACGGACGUGACCCCCCCAACCACCUCGACCAUGUUGAACUGAUAGUGGGGAAGGGACAACAUUUCAAAGUCUCAGCUGUAACGUGUAGUUAGACGAGGUCGCGGACUGUUCUCUUAAUCCAGGAAUUAAGUCGCGUAGACAAGCAAGCUUAAACUGUUACCAUCGAACAACUGGCAAAAUAUGGAAUCGCAGGCAACUCUCAACAGUAUCCAGAAGGCCAUAUGGGACGGCAGACUUCCUUUACAGAUUAGUCUUGCUCCAUCAGAAAGUCGCAUAUACGACCAGACUGACCCGUACCUUAUCUCUUAUCCUCGAAUCUCAUAUCUGCCAUCCCUCCUACCCAGACUAAGGGCUUUCUUCGCCUCUUCGCUGAUCGACCCUAGUUCUCAUGCUCAUGAUGGAUGGUUCUCUUUCGAAGGCGUCCCGCUCAAAUGGCAUCUUCCUAUCGGUCUGUUAUAUGACCUCUAUGCGGGCGCUGACCCAGCAUCCAAGGGGACAGCCGAGUCAGAAGACGCAGGAUGGGACAUCGAUGACCAAGAUAGUCCAUUACCAUGGCGUCUAGUCGUUCACUUCAGCGACUGGCCAGAUGAAGAACUAGUCCGACUGGACGCAGGGGGGAUGGUCAUGAACGACGCGUUCAUCAACAGCGUCAAGGAAGCGGAUUUUCUGCGAAACGGGACUGCAAAGGGCAUCAUGAGUCUCUCGAAGGAGGAUUCAUCUGGGUUAUGGAAGUCUGUUCAGGAUGGUAUGAUCGCUCCCACUCCCCCCCCCUCUUUCCCAAUCUCUCAGUCCCUCGUUUCUCCCUUCCCGGCCAUAUCAAACACUAUAUCAAAUGUCCAAGAAACAAUAGCUAAACAAAGUGUAGUGGAACUCCCCUCCUUCCAACGAAUAUCAAAUAUCCUCCUUCCCCCUCUCAACCAGCCUUUCCGUAACAUCCCAAUUCGGAUCUUUCUCCCCCUCCCUCCUGACUCUGGCUCUCCUUCUCUCAAAGUAGUUCAGUCCCCCGUCCCGCCGUCGAUCCCUCCCACCAGCGUGGCGGCUAGCCAAUUGGCCCUUUCGCGAAGUAGUAUCACACCGCAGACGCAGACGAUGGGUUCGGCUUUGCAUUCAUUACUCCCGCACUUGUUUCCCAGUCGGAGGACGCCCGUGUUAGCGAAGCCUGUGCUCCAUGGUGCCGCUGUGCCUAUGUCAGCACCAGUCGAGGAGCUGGUCAGGAGUUCGGCAUAUGGAGAUGGUUGGUUGUAUAUCGUUGUGCGGAUGAUGGGGUGAUUGGUUGUUAUCAAUGCAUGUACUAGAUCUUCGGGAUGGUUAUCGGAUUAUGAAAAUUGCGGUCUAGUAUAACCUCUCGUGUUCGAAGAAUGACUGGU